ACCUAUUUCUAGGAUCUUACACAAAUGUGUAAAAGCAACUUGCCAUGGUUGAUUCUUGAUAGGGAGUUCCUGUUGCAGAUGUUUGAUGUGCUAUCUGAGAAACAGAAGGCUCACAGGAAACAACACACUGCAUUUAAAACUCGAAAUAAACCGUUAGAACAUCACGAGCCCUUGGUAGAUAAAAUUGCCUAGUAUCAGCAGCCAAGCAAGCUGCUAUAACUGUAGGAGACACUGAGUACUCUGUGCACCACAGGGUGUGAGCACCAUCCACCCAAAGCAGAGAGUCUCACUCCUACCUUUUGUUACAAAAGUGUGUUGGGCUGUUGAAGAAAGAUCCAGCCAUUGGCGCGCACACAAAAAUCCAGGUUGCAGCUGUAGGUGCUCUCCUACUUACAGUGGAUAGUUCCUUCCUUGAUGUCCCCCACCAAGCACCAAUCCACCAUCAUCCUCCAAAGUCCAAAGGGAAGCUACUGGUCUAGGUCAGGUAGUGGGCAGAGAGCAAGCAUGAGACAGUCCAGCCCCCUACUGUUGUCUUGACGGAAAGAAGGACACAAAAGGUUGGCCGCUUCCAAGAGGACACCUGUGUCAGUUUUCUUUCGCAAAGUGAGAAGGUGAGGUGAUCUCUCACGGGGACGAGGAUCAGGGAAGGUAGGGAGGUUAUACGGCAAGGACAAGGUUACAAGAGAUUGUACAGCUUAACUUCUUUUAUUUAGCACUGCGACUUUAGCAAAGAAUCUGUGCAAUGUUUCCCCUUUUCCGUACAUAGUUAAUGGAUGAGGAGCAAGAAACCACCAUAGGCAGUGCACCAUAUGCGGCGAGCAUCCGCAAGCUGUGAUAGCACACCCUUUAUCCUGAGUUGACUAGAGAAUAUCACAAACAGCCACCAUGCCUGCAAAUUGUUGUGUACGCGCUUAUUCCGUCUAUGUCACCUUUCGGAAUAGGCUAACGUAUGGUACGGAUUUCUUGCUUCCGUAGGGCGGAAUUUGGUCUCCAGUUGACAAGGGAAUUAUCCAUCAAUUCAACAUCAGCAGUAACCUUUCUUUAUCUUUCAGAACAAUCUGGCCUGUUAUUGUCAACUAAUCCUUGGAUGCUUCUAGUUGGCAUGCAUAUAGCAUUGCAUUUGGUAUUUGAUUAUGGCCAAAAGUUAUAUUGGCCUAAAUCAAGCUUGGGACCUAGUUAGUUUUGAUCCCCUGCAAGUACUCAUGGUGCUAUAAUUUACAAAACAAAGUUAAGCAUGUAGUUCGACCUCAUAGUGUUUUGUAUUUUAGAUGAAGCAUUCCUAUGUUGAUACAACUUCUCCAGUAUAAUUUAGAAGUGGAUAAAAUGCACUCUUAUCUUCGAUGCUGCUCACUUUACUGUGAUGCUUGGUUGCCCCUGGUUGCGUGUGAUCCUAUAUGAUGGCUGUACAUGAUAUGUAUUCUUAGGAGCAUUAUUGGUAACUUCAGCUUGGUUAACCGAUUAUCCUUGUCUUUCCAUGUGCACCUGAAAAGGUCCACAGAUAUUUUGCGAUGAUGCUCAGGCCCAUGGGGAAGCAUCAAGUUUGUUUUUAAUGCUUUCUUUUUUCUUUUUCUGCUCACGAUUAUGAGAACCUUAAUAUUUUGCACCACCCUUGCAUAGAUCUGGUAACAAGUUGCAGUAUUAUGCACAAGCAGAGGGCCUCUACUGUCUACUCGGGAAGAGUAUGUAAGAGUGGCAGGGUCAGUCAAUCCAGUGCUACUCCUACCAGGUUAUCCUGUCCCUCAGACGGUGUUAAUCGUUAAACAGCCAGCUAUAUACAGGUUAGAGCUUUGCAUUUAUGUGGAAUGUCUACAAAUGAGGAUCCAGGGAAGGGUCCGACCACUUUGGGUCUAUAGUACGCAGCCUUUCCCUACAUUUCUGUAAGAGGCUGUUUCCAGGACUUGAACCCAUGACCUCAUGGUCACAAGGCAGCAGCUUUACCAGUGCGCCAAGGCUCCCUCAUGGUCACAACUCACCUAUACAAUUAAGAUAUGGUCUCCUCUCAAUUUGUAUCAGAUCAUACUUCAUACAAAAAGAUGGACCAUAUGAGGGCACGUUUUUUGCACCAUUGCUAGGAUCUUCAUCUUGUUUCUAGCCUUUUUGGCCUAGAUUUUAUAAUAUUUGCAACCAUGCUAUCAUUUAUACCUGUUAAUUAAGCAUACUACUGUUUUUUUUUUUCGAAUCUCUAUGUGUCACACAUGUUCUUAUCACUUUCUGGGAUCUUCAACUUGUUUCUAGCCUUUUUGGGCUACAUUUUUUAAUAUUUGCAACCAUGCGAUCAUGUAUACUGGUUAAUUAAGCAUACUACUUUUUUUUUUGAAUCUCUAUGUGUCACACAUGUUCUAAUCGCUCUGUAGAUGUAUUUCAAGGCUGACAUAUCUUUACAUGGUUUUGUCAAGGAAAAAUGAGAUGUAAUUCUUAAAAGGUGCAUAAUGAUAAACGUGUGGAGUUUCAUGACACAAGACAAAAUGAGUAGAACAAUAAUAGUGCGGGUUCCAGAAAUAUUGAAACAUACUGUCAUGUCCAGAAAGAUAGUAAGUGGAUCAUCUUACACGGGCAGAUGGGCUGCACUUUCUAAUUGGGUAAGAAUCUCUCUUGUAAAGUGGAAAUAUUAAGCAGAUAUGCUUCUCAUGAUCAUGCACAUCGCAUUAUAUAAGGGGCAAACAAGCUCCAGAAGAUAUUACUUUGAGCCCUCCCCUCCUCUUCAAGUUAAAGCCCAUUUCUGAUCCUUCUUUUGCUUGUAUCAUGGACAAUAAUGAGUUAGGCUGCAAGCAAAACGACGCUCUUCAAGAGCUCGAGAUGCUGACAGUGAAUGCCAAGGAAGCCCAACAGCUUAUACUGACAAAAAUCCUUGAGAGGAACCAGGCUAGUGAGUACUUGAGCAAAUUCAUGAAUAGAUCCACAAACACAUCCACCUUCAAGAGAAACGUCCCAGUAGUGACAUAUGAUGUGGUCCAGCCGUACAUCACAAGGAUCUCAACUGGCGAGGAUUCUUCCAUUAUAUCUGGAGACCGAAUCGUAGAACUGCUGAGAAGCUCUGGAACUUCUCGGGGUGAGCCAAGAUUGAUGCCAGCCAUCUCCGAGGAUCUUGACCGUCGAACCUACCUUUAUAGUCUGCUAAUGCCGAUAAUGAACAAGUAUGUAUCAGGCCUUGGUGAGGGGAAGGCCAUGUAUCUUCUCUUUGUGAAAGCGGAAACACUGACGAAUUCUGGCAUUCCAGUUCGAUCAGUCCUCACUAGCUAUUACAAGAGCCCUCACUUCCUGCGCCGCAAACAUGACUUGUACAACAACUACACCAGUCCUGAUGAGGUCAUCCUUUGCCCUGACAGCCAGCAGAGCAUGUACUGCCAGCUGCUCUGCGGCCUGGUUGAACGCCAGCAUGUCCUCCGUCUUGGGGCAGUCUUUGCCUCGGCGUUCCUUCGGUCUAUCAGCUUUCUUGAGCAGCACUGGUGUGACCUUGUCAAUGACAUACGUAUUGGUAAACUCAAUCCCAAUGUCACCAACACCGAGUGCCGGUUGGCCAUGGAGGGCUUUCUCGCAUUGCCCAACCCGGAGCUCGCUGAUGAGCUUGAGGAAAUCUGUGGCUGUGGGCCAUGGAAGGGGAUUCUAGGCAGGCUAUGGCCUAACGUCAAGUACAUCGAAGCUGUUCUUACAGGCACAAUGGCACAAUACAUCCCCAUGCUGGAGUUCUAUAGUGGUGGUAGGAUUCCCUUGGUAUGCAUUAUGUACGCCUCGUCGGAGAGCUAUUUUGGUGUCAAUCUGAGGCCACUGUGCAAACCAACCGACGUGUCUUACACCAUCCUCCCGAACAUGGCCUACUUUGAGUUCAUUCCUUUGGAGGAUGGCCUCAGAGUGACGGAUGAUGAGGAGGUGGUGGGGAAUGACAAGCUUGUCAGCCUGGUGGAUGUCAAGGUCGGAUGCUACUAUGAGCUUGUGGUCACCACAUUUUCUGGCCUUUACAGGUAUAGGGUUGGCGAUGUGCUUCAGGUCACAGGCUUCUACAACCGUGCGCCGCAGUUCAAAUUCAUCUGCCGGAGAAACGUGAUCCUCAGCAUCGACACCGACAAGACCAACGAGGAGGAUCUCCACAACAGCGUCACGCGUGCCAAGAAGAUCCUGGAGGACAGAAACCACAUCCUCCUGGAGUACACCAGCUACCCAGACACUUCCACUGUCCCUGGCCACUAUGUGCUCUUCUGGGAGAUCAAGUCCACCUGCGAAGGCGUGCAGCCCCUCGACCCUCAGCUCCUCGAGAGCUGCUGCAUCUCCGUGGAGGAGUCGCUCGACUACAUCUACAGGCGCUGCAGGGCGCACGACAAGUCGGUAGGCCCGCUGGAGAUACGGCUGGUCGAGGCCGGCGCGUUUGAUGCUCUGAUGGAUCUGCUGGUCAGCCAGGGCAGCUCCAUCAACCAGUACAAGACCCCGAGGUGCAUCGAGUCCGGCCUCGCGCUGAAGCUGCUCAACUCCAAGGUCACUGCUUCCUUCUUCAGCCCUCGGGAUCCUGAGUGGACCAUGUAAAAGCUUUCAGGGAGGGCCUGGGAGAGCUGCAUAUCUCCGGUCUGAUCGUACCAGCCCGCUGCUUGGAUAACCCUAUAACAGUAUUUCUGCUGCUUGGGUUUUUGAUUUUGGAGAACUACCCGUACUAAUUAUAGCGCUUUCUUGUGUUAUUACCCAAGCCCUAAAGCAGAAUGAAGUACUCCCUCUGUAAACAAAUAUACGAGCGUUUAGAUUACUAAAAUAGUGAUCUAUAUGCUCUUAUAUUUCUUUACCGAGGGAGUAUUUGCCAUUUUUUUGCUACUCAUGUAUUAUGAUUGUUCAUCUCAUCAUCUGAGCUCCGAACUGAAUGGUGAUACUAUUAUAGA